GGGUGCCGGCCCGGAGCGUGGCCGGGAGAGAUAACCCAGCUGUGGUCCCCAGAGCCUGCAAUUUCAAGGCCACCUUCGUGCCUCUACUGUGAGCCCCAAGACCAGCACCUUAGCUGGAGCUCACCAUGGGGAACCACUUGACAGAGAUGGCGCCCAGCACCCCCUUCUUGCCCCAUUUCCAGGCCCUGCAUGUCGUGGUCAUAGGGCUGGACUCAGCUGGAAAGACCUCUCUCCUUUACCGACUCAAGUUCAAGGAGUUUGUCCAGAGCGUCCCCACCAAAGGCUUCAACACGGAGAAGAUCCGGGUGCCCCUGGGUGGGUCUCGUGGCACCACUUUCCAAGUGUGGGAUGUCGGUGGGCAGGAGAAGUUGCGACCCCUGUGGCGCUCCUACACCCGCCGGACAGACGGGCUGGUGUUUGUGGUGGAUGCUGCCGAGGCUGAGCGGCUGGAGGAGGCUAAGGUGGAGCUGCACCGAAUCAGCCGGGCCUCAGACAACCAGGGUGUGCCCGUGUUGGUGCUGGCCAACAAGCAGGACCAGCCUGGGGCCCUGAGCGCUGGUGAGGUGGAGAAGAGGCUGGCAGUGCGAGAGCUGGCCGCUGCAACUCUCACCCACGUGCAGGGCUGCAGCGCCGUGGACGGGGCGGGUCUGCAGCCAGGCCUUGAGCGCCUGUAUGAGAUGAUCCUCAAGAGGAAGAAAGCUGCCCGGGGAAGCAAGAAGCGACGAUGACUCCAGGCCACCCCCUCCUCACUAGUAGGGGUCUGUAUACUUGGACAGCCAGGCCGAGCCUGUGGCCCCUCACUUGGCCCCAGGGUGCAGGACUUGCCCACCUAAAUGAAGGACUGAGGAGCGCACUGGGUGUCCUGCUUUGGUGUGGCAUUGGGGAGGGGGAUGUGAGAUGGGCUGUCUACUCACAUCUCUCCCUCAUCCUCACCUCUGGAGAUGUGGGGGCUACAGAACUGAGGAGCCUUCAAUAUAAACUGCAAAUCUACCUCGACCUUGUUUCUUGUUUUUCUUUGGCUUUUUGAUUAGAUGUAUUUUGGGACAAAGGAAAGUUGCUUGGAGAAUGCAUUUGGUAUGG